AUGUCCAGACCCCUAGAAGGCAAAUUUGGUAUCGUCACCGGCGGUUCGCGGGGAAUCGGUGAAGCGAUAGCCCGCAACCUCGCCUCAAAAGGCUGCUCUCUACUACUAAACUACACGUCCGCGAGCUCCCAAUCGCGGACCGAAACCCUCUGCGCCGAGCUCGCAAGCCAACACUCCAUAAAAUGUCUCUGUGUGCAAGCCGACCUCCUCCACACCGAAGAAGCGGUAACCACAAUCCUCAACAGCGCUAAGGAAAACUUUAGCUCUGAGACGACAGGAACUCUUCAAGUCGACAUCCUAAUCAACAACGCAGGCGUGAGCCAGGACCGCUUCCUCAAUGACGAGGAAAAGGGCCCUAUGGACCGCGAGUACUUCAACUGGCACUAUACCAUUAACGUGCUUGCGCCGUUGCUGCUGACGCAGGCUGUUGCGCCGUUCUUGCCUACCGAUCGCAGUGGGCGCAUUGUUAAUAUCUCCAGUGUGUCGAGUAGUAUUGGAUUUACGGGCCAGACGGUGUAUGGAGGUACUAAGGCGGCGUUGGAGGCGAUGACGCGGACUUGGGCUAGGGAGUUGGCGGAUCGGGCUACGGUUAAUUCGGUGAAUCCGGGGCCGGUUAUUGGGGAUAUGUAUUUUGCUACUGGGGAGGCGUUUUGGCAGCAGAUGCAGGGAUGGCUGGACAAUACGCCAUUGAGUAAGGUUGUGGACGGAGAUGAGAAGAUGAAGAGCUUGACGGAUGAGCAACGGUAUUUGAUUAAGGAGAAAAUGGGGGGCAGACGGCCGGCCUUUACUAGUGAGAUUGCGGGGGUGGUGGGGAUGUUGUGUACCCAGGAUGGGUUCUGGUGUACGGGCAGUGUGGUGUGUGCUAAUGGGGGCAUGAAAAUGGGUCUCUGA